AUGCAUUCAGCUUUCGGCGACAUCAUUUUGGUGCUCAUCGUCUUCAAUCUACCCUUGAUCACAAUGACAAUCCGAUGGGUGAUCAUUGGCAUGAUUCUUAUCAUACCACUUAUGCGGCGUCUUCUUCCUCUUCUUCUUCUCCACAGACGAUCACCAGGGAGGAUUCAAGAAAUUCUGGCUGAAGCAAUUACAGGGGAAAGGAAAAGCACGUCACCAGAAAGAAGGUUUGCUGUCAAGUGUGGUCUUCCACAUGAAAUGGACAAUAUUUCAAAGAAUGAGAACUAUAGAAAACACCAUCCACUCUGCAUUGCGUCCCUUUUCUCCUCUCAAAUACCAAUUCCGAAUUCGCUGAAUUUAGGUGAAUUGAAGCAGCGAUUGGCAUCAGUACAAAAAAUUAGUCCGAGACCCAAGAUCAAUAAGAUUAUUGAAAAUAGAAUUGCAAUGACAAUUGGAGCAAAUAAAAUGGUUGUUAGUAAAAGCACAGAAAAAUAUGCACCGCUGCACAUGGGUACGUUGGAGACUUCCAAUCACACGCUCAAGAAAACCGGUGACAGUACAAUAGGCGCUAAAGGGAACUCCCAAAACAUGAGCACACAGCUUAGACUUGUUGAAAGAGGAAAGGACACCACAACGUGGCAACUGGAAAAGGCUGUUGAGCCCAAUAGUCGGGACAGGAGCACACAGGUUGAACUUCAUGAGGUUGGAAAAGCCACACCUCUAUCUAGCAAAGCCACCUGUCAGCAAGCUUCGGAAUCAAAUUUGGUUUCUGCAAACCAGAGGACCUCUCAGAUUAGCUCUGUUCUCUUCGAUGACCUGUGGCAACAAUUAGGGAAAAGAGCUGUGGUGAAUCGGGGCUUAUACGAACAGGAAGAUGUGAAUUACUCAAUUUUUAUGGAAACCCAUUUGUGA